GGCAGCGAGAGGAAGGAGGACAGAAAACAAAAGCCAUGGCUGUGAAUAAAUGCAUCAAAUACCUUCUCUUCUUCUUCAACCUUCUUUUCUGGAUUAGUGGCUGCAUCAUCCUCGGCGUCUCCAUCUACCUGAAAGUCCACAAGGAUGGAAACGAGAUCACCAAUGAAUCUCUUCCCGGCAUCGACCUGAUGAUCGCCAUCGGGGUGAUCAUCAUGGUGCUGGGCUUCCUGGGCUGCUGCGGCGCCAUCAGAGAGAACCGCUGCAUGCUGCUGCUGUUCUUCAUCAGCCUCCUCCUCAUUUUCAUCCUUCUGCUAGCGGCAGGCAUUCUGGGAGCCGUGGAAGAGAAGAAGGUGAAGGAAUGGAUGAAGGAGCGUCUGGCGAAGUUCACCCCGCUGUCUUCACAACCAGAAAAUGUGAAGGAUGACCUGGAGAAACUGCAGCGGGAGCUGAAGUGUUGUGGUCUCAUUAACGGACCGUCAGACUGGAAAGUAGUUCCCGACUCCUGCCGCUGCAACGCCACCGACACAAACUGCAAGCCCACUGGUUAUUACUCCGAGCCCUGCUCGGACAAAAUCAUCAGUCUGAUGGAGAAACACAUGGAGGUGGUGCUGGGAAUCGCCUUUGCCAUCGCCAUCCUGCUGAUUUUCGGCAUGGUCUUCGCCAUGAUUCUCUACUGCCAGAUCGGCAAGAAGGAGGUCAUCACCUCCACUGCCUGAACACCCGGCCAAUCAGUAGUGUCUAAAUGACCCAUGUGACCUCAGUGCUACUUUAACUUAACCUGUGCUGUUACUGUGGAGGAACACGUUGACAUUUUGGUUGAAAUUUCAAGGCAUUAUUACCAACGAUUAGAUUUCUGGUUUGUGAAAAUAUGUUAAAUUAACCAAUAAGAUUACAGGAUAAAUGUAUUUCUAAAUAAUUGAAUGAAUAUCGGCGUGUUCCUGUUCACACUGUGGCCUCAAGGAACAACAUAUAGGAAAAUGAUUGUAAAACAUUGUGUUGCAUGGAAGCCUAUUACUGCCAAACUAAUCAAAAGCAAGUUAUGUAUGAGACAAAUAUAAAUGAUUUAUACACUUUCAUUAUGACCUUUUCUCAUGUACUCAUGAACGUAGAGUUUUAGCCAACGUUGUGUUAAUGUAGUCGUCGUUUUUUGCUCUUUCCUGUAUGUAAACAUGAAAUGUGCUUAAAGUCAAACGUAUUAUUAGAAUGAAGAACUGAAUCAAUGUUUGGUUUGGGAAUGGGCUUCCAUAAAAGUGCUGUUCUAAUAGACCUUCAUUACCUUUACAAGCUAUAAUAACAAGAUGACAGUUAUUACAAUAAGCCUUGAAUUUAAUAUCUUACCCCACACUGUUAAAUUAAUAAUUAACCUUUGAUUGUUUAUUAUAAAUAGUAAAAUGUUAAUGGUUUGAUCUUGUGGAGAAACAUUUAUUUUUGUUGGCACUGGUUGAAAGCUGUAAAGAUGUUUGUAUUUUUUUGUCGCCUAACUUUAGUUUUAGUUUAGUUUUAGUUUUAAGUGUCAUAAUAUAGAAGAUAAAUAAAAAAUAA